CAUGCGCAUUAUCUCAUCUCCUCCCACCGUACCCGGGUGUGUCCUUGUUCUUUCUACAGUGUGCUAGUUUAUAGCUGGUAGCAACUCAGCUCCUGAUUCUGUUUAAAGCAUCUCUCUACUUGAAACAAAGCAGCCGGCGCGACAGGAUGGCUUUGUCAGAGAAUCCUGCCGAGUUUGGAGAGCCUGACUUCAUUCUCCUGGAGGACAUCACUGAAGAGGCUCUACUGAAAAACCUCAAGCAGAGAUCUCAGAAGGGAAAGAUCUACACAUACAUUGGAGAGGUGGUGGUGUCUGUGAAUCCUUACCGACAGCUGGACAUCUACACUGAUGACUACUUGGAGAGGUACCGUGGGAAGGAAGUGUUUGAGCGACCCCCUCACGUCUACGCCGUUGCUGAUGCAGCCUACCACGACAUGAACAGGCUCAAGAAAGACUCCUGCGUUGUCAUCACUGGUGAGAGUGGAGCAGGGAAGACAGAGGCUUCAAAAAUCAUCAUGAGGUACUUGGCUAACAUCACUCCUAUGGCAAAGGACGUCGAAAAAGUCAAGAACUUGCUGAUCAUGUCAAAUCCUGUUCUGGAGGCAUUUGGAAAUGCAAAGACUGUCAGAAAUGAUAACUCUUCUCGUUUUGGCAAGUACAUGGACAUCAGCUUCGACUUGGCCUUGUACCCCAAAGGAGGUCACAUCAGGACCUAUCUCCUGGAGAAGGGUAGAGUCACUCUGCAACAGCCUGGUGAGAGAAACUUUCACGUCUUCUAUCAGCUGUUGGAAGGAGCUGAGCAGAGUUUGCUGAAUGAGAUCAUGCUGGAGCGUGAUGUGAGCAAGUACUACUACCUCACCCUGGCAGGAGAGUCUUCCAAACUCACCGACGAGGACAGGCAGAACUUUGGUGAAGUCCGCAAAGCCAUGAGCGCUCUUGGAUUCUCAGCCACAGACCAGACCUGCAUCUGGAAGGCCCUUGCCGCCAUCUUGCACCUUGGUAAUGUGAAGCUCGAGGAUGCAGGAGAUGGGGAGAGCAGUGUCGUGGGAAACAAAGAUGUGGCUGGCAAAGUGGCCUCGUUGCUAGGAACGACAGUGGCGGAGCUGGAGAAGGUCCUCACUCACAGAGUGGUCCCUGCUAAAGGUGACGUGGUGGUCGCUAAGCAGAAUCCAGCCAGAGCUACCUGGGGAAGAGAUGCCCUUGCAAAGGCUAUUUAUGAGCGUCUGUUUAGUCUGGUUGUGAAACGUAUAAAUACUUCGGUGGUCAUCAACUUUGCGCCACACGCCAUCAAGACAGUCAUCAGUGUGUUGGACAUCUACGGGUUUGAAGUGUUUGGCGUAAACGGCUUUGAGCAGUUCUGCAUCAACUAUUGCAACGAGAAACUCCAGCAGCUGUUCAUCCAGGUAGUGCUUGAACAAGAGCAACAGGAGUACAAGAACGAGGGCAUCAAGUGGGUCGAUAUUCCCUUCUUUGACAACACCUUCAUUUGCGAGAUGAUCGACAAGUACCCUGAAGGUAUGUUCGCUGUCAUUGACGAGGCUACCCUCAGGCCUGGCGAGGACAACGAUGAGCGUGUCACCAACCACUUGGACAAAGUACUGGCCACCAAUAACCGUUAUUUCAGCUUUGCCAAGGGCAAUAAAGAGCUCACCAUCAGAAGGCAAUUCCAGGUCAAGCACUACGCAGGUAUCGUAACCUACAGUGUCAAGGGAUUCAUUGAAAAGAACAAGGACACUCAGUUCCAGGACUUUAGGAGAAUGUUGUACAGUUGUACUCUCCCCAUUCUGCCAGAACUGUUCCCAGAGGGAGCCAGGCACAUUGAGAAAGUGAACCAGAUACCGGACUCUGUUGGUACUCAAUUCAAGAAUGACAUGCAGGAGUUGGUCGAUGUCCUCAGGAAACAGACCCCCCACUAUGUUCGCUGCAUCAUGCCCAAUGUCAAUAAGAGUCCCAGUGAGUAUGACGACGAGUUAGUGACCAACCAGGUUCGCUACCUCGGUCUGGUGGAGAACAUGAAGGUCCGACGUGCUGGCUACUCGUACAGAAUGAGGUACGACUGGUUCAACUGGCGCUACAAGAUGAUCGUGCCCACCCUCUGGCCCACCCACUCUUACACUCCCCGAGAGGCCACACAAAAGAUUGUCGAGUACUACCAUCUUGAGAAUCUGGUCGAAUGGGGGAAGACAAAGCUUUUCAUUCGCACUCCGAAAACUAUCUAUUAUCUGGAGGAGCUCAGAGCAAAGAAGAUGCAGUACAUUGUCACAACUAUCCAGAGAUGGAUGAAGGGCUACCAUGCUCGUCUUCUGAGGAAGAAGCUGACUGCACUGCUCAAGAUAUUCUACUGGUACAGGAAGCACUACUUGGGCAGCUGGCUGGAGAAAGUGCAGGAGGAGUUCAAAGAGUGCAAGACAAUGCCAGACUGGGGGAGGAGUGUGCAGUGGCCGGCACCUCCGAUUGCUAUCAAGUUGGGCCUCAAGUACAUGCAAGGUGUCCACGUCAACUGGUGGGCUAGGCAGAAGAUUCUUUCCCUCACUCCUCCGGAACAGUAUGAGGUUCGUAUCAAGACCAUAGCCCAGACUCUGCUGGGGGGAAAGAAGAAGAAGUGGCUUUUUGGUGAUAGGUGGAUCGGAGACGCAUUGGCUUUACCUGAAAAGAACUCAAAGUCCGAUUCAUUCUCGAAACUGACUCGUGGUUACAUGAACAUCAACAUGGACACUGCCAGGCUCUACUCUGCACAAGUCACUAAGCUCAACCGAAACAUGAAACCAGACUCGCGUGUGUACGUUCUUUGUGAUCUUCACUUCUACCGUCUGGACUCCAGCUAUUCUAUGAAGAAGAAAGCCCCUAUUGAGAUUGGACAGAUCCUUCGCCUCUCCAUCUCACCUGGAGAUGAUCAGGCCAUUGUCAUCCACUGCUCAGAAGAGGUAGGCGACUGUGUGUUCACGGUGGAGGAUGGGCGUCCAGCUGCCGAGCUAAUGGCCGCCAUUUGGUACACCUUCAAACGCAAGUACAAGAAGAGUAUCCCAGUGACCGUUACCUCAGAGAUCAGGUUUCAUCGUGACGGUGUUCCAAGUGGCACACUCCAGACACGGGGUGGACAAAACCCAGGGUUCAAUAAACUGGGGCCACAGCAAGCAGCUCUGAAAUGAGAUAUGUAAACAUGAACACUUUACUGACUUUGUAACUGAACUGUUUUAUUUUUUUGUACGUAGGCUGCAUAAACAUGUUAGGAUUUAAUAUUGAUGUGUAUAGCUACUAGCCAGAUAUCAAGUUGAUGAUUAAUUACUAAUUUAACAAUGAAA